CGACGCGACGGAGGCGCCGCGACUGUGCGCGCGGGUAAGAAAGAGACGGCCGGCAUCGUGUCAGGAGGUGGUCAGUCGUUUUGUGUCUGCGUCCCGUCUAAAUAUACGCAAACGCGAUGCGACGUGCCGUGCUCGACUUUGUAGAAAUCUAUUCGUCGCUCUCACUCCGGUCGGACCGAAAGCACCGGAGAAAGAGAGGGAACGCGCAGGAUGGAUCUCUUGUCCGAGGUGGGACGAGUCGAUCGAACGAACGCCCUCGGGACGGAAGAAACGGAAGAAACGGAAGGAAACCAAGUUCGACGUGGCUUUUGCUGCGCUUAGGAUAGUGGCGUAGCGUCGACGCGAAGGGCACCCUUUCCGCUUCGCGGAAAACUACGUCCCCAAAUUUAUCAUCGGCUUUUUCGCGGUAUACGUUGAACGGCACUUUACGCGAUCGGCCAUUGAACGUUACUACAUUGUACAUAAGCAGUAAACUAAACGCUGUAUCAGGAAAUAUAGAGUUCAAAAAGAGAUUCAAGCGACACGGUUUGCCCGAUGAAAUAGUCACACGGAAUUAAUGCGGAUAGAAUUUGCAGCUGUCGAAAAUGAUUUGAGGUCUAGCAGCUGAGCAAACAACAUUGUUCAUUAAUGUUGCGUCGUUUGUGUCUCUGCUCGUUAUGGAACGUUUCCAAUGUCGCCUCGGUGCGAGCUUCUUGCCGACACAAAUGCCUUCCGAAGCGCAAACGAGGAAUUGCUUGCAAACAAUUGUUCUCGUUGGUUCUUCUUCCAACGGAUUCGAAUCCGUUGCGAACGACGAAGAUCAUUGGUCGGCGAUGGGAAGCAUCGAUAAUAAUGCAUUACUGAUUCCAGCCCGAAUAUUACGUGUACGGGUCAUCGAAGAAGAAUCGACUGUCAUCACCAACAAGGUCGGUCGCUUAACGAUUGCUGCUAAUCUCCCCGUUAUUGGACAUCGGCCGACGACAAUGGGAUCGAAGGUGGCAGCGAUUUUACGUCAUCGCAUGGUUUGGAUCGGGCACGUAGCGAGAUGAUCUAUACGGAGAACUUGGAGCAACUGGAAUUCUCUGUAUCUCGAGUUCAUCGCUUCAUCUUAUG